AUGAAUUUAGCAAUAUCAUCAAGUUCAGAAGAAGAAUCAUCUUAUAAUGCUAAAGAAUAAGACAGAAUAUUAAAGAAUUCAAAUAUUUUUAAAUAGAAAGCUGUCUCUCAUUUGAAUUGUUUAAAGCAUCCAAAUAAAAAAGUAUAAAGCCAUUACAAUUUUUAUUAAUAGGCUAAAUAUUAUGCCUAAAAUGAUAAUCGAACUUUAUUUUGUUCUAAAUGUGCCUUGAAUUUAGCCCUGAAAGGUCAUAAAAUUGAAGAAAGUGCUGUAGCAGAAUUAGAAUUACAAAGACAAAUGAGAAUUAAUUAAUUUUAAGAAAUGAUGAAACAAGCCUUAUUAGUUUGCAAUUCAAAAAUAAUAUGCUUAAAUAACCUUUAAAUUAGCCAAAAGUAACAGCUUGAAGAUUAAAAAACAAAUUGCAUAAAAUUUUUUGAAUAGGUAAUUGAAACAGCUCAAUAAUUAAAAUAAACAUAUAUACAAAAGUUUUAACAUGAUCACUCAAGCUUAGAAUAAAAUAUAUUAGAUUGCCAAUAAGCUGUGACAAAUUAUGAGAAAUAAUUAUAAUAAUAUUAAAUUGACAUUGAUAAAAAUCAUACAAAUAUUGUCAAAAAGAUGGAAAUGAAGCCUUUCGAAGAUAUUAUGCAAAGAUAUGAAAAGAGAGUAAGAAGUAUUUAACAAUUAUUAUCUGAAAUGAAAUUAGAGUCAGGUGUAAAAAUCAAUUAAUUUGAAUAAUCUUCCAUUUUAACCUUUAUGAAUAAAAUGUGCUACAAUAUUUUGUUGAAUGAUACAUCUUAAUCAAUUAAAUCUAGAAAUAACUCGAUCAAUUUUAACAAUCCUUCAAUCGAUAUGAAAGUAUUGGAUAUCUUAGAAAAUGAUGAUAUCUACUAAAGCACAUUCUCGAACACAAUUAAAGAUAGCAAUAGCUAAAAUCCUCCAUCUCCUAUAUCCAAAUUGCCAAUUUAUAAAAGUAAUGGAUCUAACCCAAUUUCUACAAUCUAAAAUUCAAGAAGAGAGAGUAACUCAAAUACUCCAGAAAGUUGGAAUCACACAAAUAUUCAGAAUUGUGAUCAAUAAUCAUAGAUAAACUAAUAGAUCAAUAGUCAUAAUGUAAGUUUGAAUGAGUAGCCAAUUGUGAUCAAUUAAUAAUAGUAAAUUUAAGAAAAGUUCAGUGUAAAAGAAAUAGUAAAAUUAGCUAAUGAGAAUGCAUAAAAUGUUGAACAACCUAAAAAUUUAGAAAUAACACCUUUGAUUCAUUAGAAAAGUUAAUCCAUCAUGCCACAAUCUAUUAAAAUUCAUAAUCAUUAAAAAAGUAAUAUAGCUUAUUAUCGUCUUAGAUCAAUAUGAUUUAAACACUAUCAACAAAUCUCAAGAUUCAAAAUAAAGAAAAAAGCAGCCAUCUGUAGAUCAAAUUGAACAAAAGAGAUUUUAUAUACUAAAUCAGAAUCAAUAAAAAUCAUAAUUAUCAUAAGAAGACACAUUGAAAGAUAGAAUUUUUAAAGAAUUAAGUGGCCAUUCAAGUGAAUCUGUUUACAACUAAGUUUUAAAAAUAAAUACUUUAUAAUAAAAAAUGAAAAAGGGAAAGGAGAAUACUCAGAUUGAUUGGACAGGUAGUUUAAGAAAUAAAUCAAAUAUAUUAGCGAAAAAAUGA